CUUCCCUCGUCCGUCCCUCGUCCUUCCCUCGUCCUUCGCUUUCCCCCCCUCUGGCACUUCCGGUCCUCCCGCUGGUCCUGUUGCAAUGAAGAACCUGGCCCAGAUCGCCCUGGCCUUUGCCGGCAUCGCCCUGCUCGGCAGCGCCGCCGCCGACACCGCUCCCGAGUCCCCUGCCAACCUCGCCCUUUUCAGCGAGGGCGUCGAGCACUUUGGCUCCGCUGCCCUCCAGGCCUUUGCUUCCGAUCGCCGUCUCGUCGCCAGACAACAAACUACCAUCUCCGGUGCCGCUCUCUGCGCCAGCAGCGGCUUCUGCUACGUCGACGUCCACACCUCGCAUUACUGCUGGGAUGACUUUGUCAGCCUCACCUCCAACCUGCCCACCACCCCCCUGGGUCUCCAGCAGGCUUUCUGCACCGAGUGCUGGAUCAAGCUCAUUCCGUACUUCACCAGCGUCUUCAGCAGCAACGCUACCCUCCUCCAGGACGUCAACACUUUCAAAACCACCAUUGGCACCGUCUGCGGCCCCAACUUCCUGACCACGGGUCAGAUCACCACUGGCUCGCUCAGCGGAACCUCCGUUUCGUCUUCCGACGUCGUCGUCGUCAGCCCCGGCGGCAGCGUCACCACCAAGCCCGUUCCCCUCUCCACCAGCACUGUCCCCGUCAGCACCCCUAUCUCGCCCGGCCCGAGCCCCUCAUCCUCCAGCGGCCUCUCGGGCGGUGCUAUUGGCGGUAUCGUUGCCGGCGCCGUCGUCGUCGUGGCCCUGAUUGCCGGUUUUGUUAUCUAUUCGCGCAAGAAGCCCAACGACAAGCCCGUCGAUCCCAAUGGAUCCUACAACGCUGCCUCGGUUCCCAAGCCUGUGUACAGCGCUCCUGCUCAGGUUGAAACCAGCUAUCCCCAGCAAGCCGCUCCCCCCGCCAGCCAGGGCUACUACCCUGCCCAAUCCGCUCCCCCCAGCCAGGGUUACUACCCUGCUCAAUCCGCUCCCCCGGCCACCCAGGGAUACUAUCCCGCUCAGCAGCAGCAGCCCCCCGCCGCCCAAGGUUACUACCCGCCUCAGUCUGCCGCCCCUGCCCCCCAGGGCUACUACGCCGGCCAGCAGCCUCCCGCCAGCCAGGGCUACUACGCGGCUCCCACCUCCUACCCUACCGACCAAAAGUUGAGCAACCCUCAGUUCCAGCCUCCCCAGGACGCCUACGCCCCUGCCCCUGCCGCUGCGUACCAGUCGACCCCGAGCCAGUACAGCCAGCCUCAGCACAGCCGAUUCGUGGUCAUCCAGGCCUACGACACCAAGAGUCCGUAUGAGAUGAACCUCCAUCUCGGCGAUGUCAUCCAGCUCCAGUCCGACUUCAACACUGCCGGCAUGGCUCAGGUAGGUUUCAUCGUAGCCCAGGACAGUCCCCAAUCAUCGUGUGCCUGGAGAUACGGAACACUCCCGCAGUGCUCUGCCUCUGUUUGCUCCUGUACCCAGCCAACGGUCCUGCGCCGCUUGAUCCGUUCAUUGGCGAAUGCCGCUACGAAUGCCGUCUCUUGCCACCGCUGAUCACGUUGCACGAUUGGGCGCUCAUUUUGCUCUCUCACCACCAUCGUCCACCAGGCCUUCAACCAGACCACCGGCAUGACUGGCCUCGUCCCCGAAAAGUAUCUCCGUCCCUUGACAGAUGGUGCUGGAUCCUCCCAGUACUAAAGCUGAAGCCUCCCAGUGUUAGAGCUGAAGCCCAAACCCAGAAACCCGACACCG